AUGAUGAAAGACCGCUACGAACAGGAAAUCGAACAGAUCCUCAACGAAUUGGAUGCCGAAAUUCCCGAUGGCAAUGGUGACGGGCCCCACCCGGUGUCUCCGGUUCCGCCGCUGGAUGAUCGGCCUUCUCCAUUUGCUCCCCAGCCCCGUCCCCGGAUGCGCCUCAUAUCCCCCGUGAAACUCGCCCUGCUGGGGCUGAUCGUGGUCGUGAUCGGACUCAUCCUGUUCCACCAGCCGAUGUUGGCGCUGGCAGGCGUUGGUAUCGUGGCAUUGGCGUUGGUCUGGAUGUUCAUUCAGAGAAUUUCAUCGCAGCCCCAACAGAUGUGGCGUGGCAGGCCGGUUGAUCCUCCCCCUCCGCAAUCUACGUGGGAGCGCUUCCGGCGCUGGCUAGCCAGGUAG